AAAGAAAACCCUAACUAAAAUCCCAACACAAAUGAAAAACCAGGGGAGAUCAAACAUAAAGAAGACAUCGAAGGGUUUAAGGUGAGAAAAAGGGGAUCAAGAAGUGAAGCUACGGCGAAAGAUAUCACCGACCUGCGAUGGUUUCUCUCUCGACUUGGUUCCGAUACAUCGCCCACAAAUUCGAGUACUCCGUCUCCCUCACCUGCAAGAACUAUAAAGGAGGUCAAAUAACUGAGAGAGAAGUAGGUGAUGCUAUAUGGAAACAUCUAUUUCAAGGAAAGUUGACAUACUUCCAUUGGAACAAAGGAGAGGAGAUGGCCCCAACAAUAGCAGGGCAGGGCGGAACUCUUCUUGUGCGGAAAUUACCAGCAGCAGAUCCAAUGCGUGUUUUUGUUGGAGAUGUGGUGGUUGUGAAGGACCCUGAAAAAUCGGAUGACUAUCUCAUCCGAAGAUUGGCUGCCAUAGAGGGCUAUGAAAUGGUAUCUACUAAUGAAAAAGAGGAGCCAUUUGUUCUCAAAAAGGAUCAGUGCUGGCUGUUGUCCGACAAUGAAAACUUGAAGCCCAAGGAGGCCAAAGAUAGCCGAAUCUUUGGUCCCGUAUCCAUGACAGACAUAGUUGGCAGGGUAAUAUAUUGCCUGAGAACCGCCGUAGAUCAUGGUCCUGUGCAGAACAGUCAUUUCAGCAUGAAGAAGGAUUCACCUGUAUUGGAAGUCGAACUGGAUGUUGAUGAGAUGUCAAAAAAUCACAAAGCGUAGACGAUGCAAAUAUAGAUAAAACUCACCCAGUUUGUAUGUACUUUGUUUUAUUUUUUUUCAUCCCAUUCUGUCAUAUGAUCUCUUUAUUUCAAGUACAAAUAAAGAAUAAGAAUUUGAAUCCUUCCAAUGUUCAUGUGGGUAAUGGGAUCGUUUGGUUGAUUUGUCA